AUGAUUCUGGGGGGCCCCAUGGUCUCUCUUGCCCGGGGGAAGUCUAGAAACACCCCUGCACGUUCCUACAGGAUCCAGACGGAGAGUGGAUUGUCUUUGAGGAGGAACCGUACAGAUCUUCAACUACAGCCGACUGGAGAGAACACAACAGCUCAGGAGACGGUUCAGGAGGACAUGGCUGAAUCAACAGAACCAGCUGACAGCGGGCCUGACCACGCUGACAGUGAGAUCUCACUGGACCACGAGAGUCCUGAUUUUGUGCCCUCUAUUUUUUCAUACACUAAACAAAACCAAGACCCAGAUGCAAAGAUCAAAAGGUACCAAAGAAAAAAGAAAUGGAGUGAAAGACUUCUGUUUGCUCCACCAAACCAACCUGCUCCUGCUCCUGGAACUCCAGAGGAAUCACCAGCAUGGAUCACAGUCCUAGUAACUCCAGAGGAAGUCACCAGCAUGGAUCACAGUCCUAAGGACAUCCCAGUCACGAGGACAGAAUACAAUGAGCUGAACCUGAGGUACACUGAGCUGAAGAGUGACCACGUCAACCUGCAGGAAAAGUAUCAACAGCUGCGAGAUGAAAAUGAGAGACUUAAAGAGGAGCUGAAGAAGUCUACAUUUUCAUACUCAAAUAUUAAGUGGAACAUGCUUUCACCAAAGGCAAACGGCAACUUUCUGCACAGGUCGACACAUCAAGACAACUGUCACGUGUCAGGAUACAUGUCGAACGUGUUAUAG